ACUUCCCUGAAUACUUGGAUCCAGGAAAGAAACAUGAAGUGGCUUGUGCUCCUCGGGCUGGUGGCCUUCUCAAAGUGCAUAGUCAAAAUACCUCUAAAGAGAGUGAAGACCAUGAGAAAUACUGUCAGUGGAAGAAACAUGCUGAACAAUUUUGUGAAGGAGCAUGCUUACAAACUGUCCCAGAUUUCUUUUCGUGGCUCUAAUCUAACUAGUCACUCCCUGAGAAACCUCAGAGAUUUGUUCUACUUGGGUAACAUCACCAUUGGAACACCCCCUCAGGAAUUUCAGGUUAUCUUUGACACAGGCUCAUCUGAGUUGUGGGUGCCCUCCAGCUUUUGCAUCAGCACAACCUGUUCUAAACGCAUGAGGUUCAGACAUGUCGAUUCUUCCACCUUCCGGCUUAGCAGGAAGACCUUCAGCAUCACCUAUGGAUCUGGGAGAAUUGAAGGAUUUGUUGCUCAUGACACAGUUCGGAUUGGUGACCUUGUCAGUACUGACCAGCAGUUUGGCCUAUGCACGGAAGAAUCAGGGUUUGAGGGCAUGAUUUUUGAUGGCAUCUUGGGCUUGAGCUACACCAACAUAUCAUCCUACAUGGGAGCCAUCCCCAUCUUUUACAAGCUGAAGAAUGAAGGUGCCAUUUCUGAGCCUGUUUUUGCCUUCUACUUGAGCAAAGAUGAGCGGGAGGGCAGUGUGGUGAUGUUUGGUGGGGUGGACCACCGCUACUACAAGGGAAAGCUCAACUGGAUACCACUGAUCAAAGCAGAUGACUGGAUUGUUCACAUGGACCGCAUCUCCAUGAAAAGAAAGGUUAUUGCUUGUUCUGGCGGCUGCAAUGCCCUUGUGGACACCGGGUCAUCAGAAAUCGUAGGCCCAAGUACACUGGUCAAAAACAUCUUGAAGAUCAUCGGUGCCAAGCCACGGGGUUCUGAGCACUAUGUUUCAUGUUCUUCAGUCAAUAGCCUACCCUCUAUUAUCUUCACCAUCAAAAGCAACAACUACCGAGUGCCAGGUCGAGCCUACAUUCUCAAGGAUGAUAGAGGUCACUGCUUUGCCGCCUUUAAAGUGCAUAGACUGAGUUCAUCUACGGAGAUCUGGAUCCUGGGUGACGUCUUCCUGAGGCUGUAUUUCUCGGUCUUUGAUCGAGGGAAUGACAGAAUUGGUCUGGCACGGGCAGUGUAA